CACAAGUGUAACUGCAGCAAAUCUAAAGCAAGCGGCUCUUCAUCUUAGAUCAUUCAGUCUGCUGUGCUGACGGUCACGAGCAUCCCUUCAUUCACCUCCAGACCACUCUGCAAAAUGCUGCGUUUACCUAGUGUAAUGAAACAGAUGAGGCCAGUGUGCAGGGCGCUGGCCCCACACUUGACUCGUGCAUAUGCCAAGGACGUCAAGUUUGGGGCAGAUGCCCGGGCCCUCAUGCUUCAGGGUGUUGACCUUUUGGCUGAUGCUGUGGCCGUCACUAUGGGACCAAAGGGUCGCACCGUCAUCAUUGAGCAGAGCUGGGGAAGCCCCAAAGUCACCAAAGAUGGUGUCACGGUUGCUAAAAGUAUCGACCUGAAAGAUAGGUAUAAGAACAUCGGGGCCAGGCUGGUACAGGACGUGGCCAACAACACUAAUGAGGAGGCUGGUGACGGCACUACAACCGCCACAGUACUGGCACGUGCUAUUGCCAAGGAGGGUUUUGACACCAUCAGCAAAGGCGCCAACCCUGUGGAGAUCCGUAGAGGAGUCAUGAUGGCAGUGGAAGAAAUCAUCAGUGAACUUAAGAGACUCUCCAAGCCAGUCACAACACCAGAGGAAAUUGCUCAGGUGGCCACUAUUUCUGCCAAUGGAGACAUUGAAGUUGGUAACAUCAUCUCCAAUGCAAUGAAGAAAGUUGGACGCAAGGGUGUUAUUACAGUGAAGGAUGGUAAAACUUUACAUGACGAGCUUGAGAUCAUUGAGGGCAUGAAGUUUGAUCGUGGCUACAUUUCUCCCUACUUCAUCAACACUGCUAAAGGCCAGAAGUGUGAGUUCCAGGAUGCUUACGUGCUUCUGAGUGAGAAGAAGAUUUCCAGUGUACAGAGCAUUGUACCAGCUCUGGAAAUUGCCAACCAGCAUCGCAAGCCUCUGGUCAUCGUGGCUGAAGAUGUGGAUGGAGAAGCACUCAGCACUCUGGUCCUCAACAGGUUGAAGGUUGGGCUUCAAGUUGUGGCAGUCAAGGCUCCAGGAUUCGGGGAUAACCGGAAGAACCAGCUGCAGGAUAUGGCAGUUUCCACUGGAGGCACAGUGUUUGGUGAUGAAGCUAUGGGUCUGGCCCUUGAGGAUAUCCAGUUACAUGACUUUGGCAAGGUCGGCGAGGUCAUCGUGACAAAGGAUGACACGAUGCUCCUCAAAGGCCGCGGUGAUCCAUCAGCCAUUGAGAAGCGUGCGAAUGAGAUUGCUGAACAGCUGGAGAGCACAAGCAGUGACUACGAGAAGGAGAAACUCAACGAGCGUCUGGCCAAGCUCUCUGAUGGAGUGGCUGUGAUUAAGGUUGGUGGAACAAGUGACGUUGAAGUAAAUGAGAAGAAAGACCGUGUCACUGAUGCGCUGAAUGCCACUCGAGCUGCUGUGGAGGAGGGUAUCGUUCCUGGAGGAGGAUGCGCCCUGCUCCGCUGCAUCCCAGCCCUGGAGAACAUCAAGCCAGCCAAUUCUGAUCAGAAAAUUGGUAUCGACAUUAUUCGCAAAGCUCUUCGUAUUCCUGCAAUGACCAUUGCCAAGAAUGCAGGAGUUGAAGGAUCUCUGGUGGUGGAAAAGAUCUUGCAGAGCUCUACAGAGAUUGGAUAUGAUGCUAUGCUUGGAGAAUAUGUCAAUAUGGUUGAAAGAGGCAUUAUCGACCCCACAAAGGUUGUGAGGACGGCAUUGCUAGAUGCCGCAGGUGUUGCAUCUCUGCUGUCGACCGCUGAAGCCGUUGUCACCGAGCUACCGAAGGAGAAAGAGGACAUGCCGGCUGGAGGAAUGGGAGGCAUGGGAGGAAUGGGUGGAAUGGGAGGCAUGGGAUUCUAAACCGAUUUGCACUGACUUUAGUGGAAGGGUUGUGGGCAGGGGACAUGAUUCGCCCCUCCCCUUCUACUUGGAAAAACCUGCCGAAACUGAGUGCUUGUGGUCUGAACACGGAGCAAAAGAAAUGGACGUUACAGUCACCCAUCCUUCCACCACUGGCCAAUCUUAUCUUUACUCAUGGCUGAAGACAUCACCCUACUUCUUUAAAGACAAGUUCCUGAUGAUGUGACCAGGGAUAACGAGUCUGUUCGCCUUUGUUCUGUAACAUUGUGCUCACUAAUGUCUAAUGGGAAAGUGCAUUUAACAAAUUGCAUAUUGUCAUGUUGUUGUAUCAUGUGAUAUAUAGCUGGUUCUGAAUCAGACCAUCUGUAGGGGCUUAAAAAGCCAGACAUGGUUAAAGUCUGCCUUCAUGAGCAAGAAAGUAGUUGAAACUCUGACCAGUUGUAUCUUUUUUUUUUAAAAAAUGCUUACAGUUCAGUUUUUUUUGUACAUGGUUCAUUUGUUUUCAUAUAGAAAUAAAACCCUCAUUUGAGGAUAACUCUGACAAAGCAUGUACUUGUUUUGCCUUUCAGUUAGUUUUUCCCACUGAAUGGAAAUACUUGGAUAUCAGCUUACAGAAUUGUUUGGUAAUGUUUUCAUUUUUUUCUGGUUUAAUAUCUAAAAAUGAUAGUUCACUCAAAUGAAAACUGUUAUUUUCCAUGUUGUUCCAAACCUGUUUUUUUUCUUCUGUUAAAGUUGAUACUUUGAAUACCAAUGGGCUCAAAAAAAAAACCAAACAAAAAAAAAAAAAAACAUUGGACUGACUUUUUAUAUAUAUAUAUAUAUAUAUAUAUAUAUAUAUAUAUACAGAUAUUCUCAAUUUAAAAAAAAAGUUCUAUACAGAUAUUCUCAAUUUAAAAAAAAAAGUGUUAUGACAGAAUAUUUUUGGGUGAACCAAUCUUUUAAAAUCUGAGUGUUAAACAUCUUUUGGUCAAGACUACGAGUUUGUGAGGAAGGUUAAGUGGAAGGGUGGGUGAACCUGUUGCACAUUAGUUUAAAAACAGACAUAUAAGCAUAUGCCCAAUAAUAUACUGAAAACAAUUGGUGUGAAUUGAUUUUAAAGAUUAACUCUUCAGUAGUCUAGUGGUACAGAAUCAUGUGUGAAAAACUGCUGUUCAAUAAGAUAAUUUUUGUUAGUUUUUUUAAUGCUAUAUUCUCUAUAAAUGUGCAACAAUGUUUUGUACAAUAUAGUCAUUCUGUAUUUUUUAUUUAAUAAAAUUCAGUGUUCACAAAGACA